CCAGCGUCUUUUACAUACCGAGAUUAGAGCUAAAUUUGCCUUUACUUUUCGUGUCCCACAUAUCAAAUCACUUGUCUCUCACCAUCAACACCACCUCCCAUAAUGGCCGAGGAGCACAAACACCACCACCUCUUCCACCGCAAAAAGGAUGAGGACCAGCCGUCCGUUCAGGAGUCGAUCUACUCCGAGACCACCGGAUAUGGAGAACCGGGCGGUGGCUAUGCCGAGACCACUGAGGUGAUGGCUGUCAGCUCUGGGCCAGAGCACGACUACAAGAAGGAGGAGAAGCACCACAAGCACCUCGAGCACGUUGGUGAACUCGGUGCUGCUGCCGCCGGGGCUUAUGCUCUGUACGAGAAGCACGAGUCAAAGAAGGACCCAGAGCACGCGCACAGGCACAAGAUCGAGGAGGAGGUCGCUGCUGCGGCCGCGGUCGGGGCAGGUGGCUUUGCCUUUCACGAGAAGCAUGAGAGGAAGGACACCAAGAAGGAAGACGAGGAGGAGCACGGCAAGAAGCACCACCACAUCUUCUGAUCAGUGAUCUCGUUAUUCAUUAAUGAGAUCGACUCGAUCAAAAUUUAUAUAUAAAUUUUAUCCGACCUACGCCUGCUCUGCUGCCAUGAAAUAACUGCUACAUGUGUACUUAGUGAGCUUGGGUGAAAGGCUAAGAGCUGAGUGAUUUUCUCUUCUGCAUACUAUAUAUGUGGGGUAGGCUUAUCUGUGUGAAUGCUUGCUUUUGUGCACUUGUGAUCGUUUGAGAUUUGGCAAUAAUAUAAUAUUUCCUCAAAUAAUAUAAUAUAUAUAUAAUAUUUCCUCUGUAACUAUAUUUUUAUGUGUA